AUUUGUAGUGCGCUGGUAUCCGUUAUGAGGGAAAUUAAGAAACAAAUAAAAGUGGGACUACCAACACAAAAGAGAAAAAAAGGGAGUGCCAUUCUCAGCAGCUUAGCUCAGUCGGCUAAUCUGGUGGUAGCCACUGUGUGUGCGCUGAACUGUGGGGAUCUCAUAGGUCCCCGGUUCAAUUCCCAUCGCUGCCUCACCUUGUGUUUCUACUAGACGGCUGAAAUACAAGUUACAAUAGCGGACCGUCUUUCGGAUGAGACGUUUUCCGUUGGUCCCAUGUGCAUUAUGGCCCAUGUGCACAUAAAGCCUCUUUUCCUGUCGACGUUAUCUCGAUCGUUGUUCAAACAAAAAUAACGAUUUACAGGAAAAGGGAUUGUUGCUACUUCAACGCCGACGUUAUGAAUAUCGGUAAACUUUAACGAAAAUGGGUAAAAUCGAUCGCAAAUUGACGCUAGAUAUCGUUAUCGUUAGCAAUCGUUGAAGUUGAAACGGGUUCAACUUUAACGACGAAAAACGUAAGAACUGGCCAAUCAAAUUAUCCAUUGAUGAUGUUAUUGAAACUUUUCUGUUUUUGCGCGCUAGGCCUGUGUGUGAUGUGCGGUGUGUUUGCUAGUACACGAAGCAAUUUUCGUCUCCUUGCUCUAAACUCAAACGUACGUACUUUUCUUUGAAAAUUGAUAGACAUAGGCCUAUUAUGGAUAUGUAAUAUAUUAUUAUGAUAAUUAACCUAACAGGUAGCCAUUCGAUUUUACUUAUUCCCACACUCCCGUUUAGUCUAGGUUAAGGCCAGCUAGCUAGCCUAGGCCUAUGCUGCUAGGCAUCUGGAAUGGAACGCAAGGCAACCACUCUUUUCCCUAUGGAAAGGAAGCUGUCAAGCGUAGUCAAGCGUAACUAUCUGAGCCUAGUUAGACAGACUCAAUUAUUAUAUAUCUCAUGGAUUAGGCCUAGUAAAAGUACACUGUAUUUCACAAAUUUAUAGAAUGAUAUGUCAUUUGUAUGUAAUAAUGUAGGCCUAGUUCUAGGCUAGGCCUAGUUCUCCAUUUUUGAUUUUUAUAUUUUGAUUUUUGAAGGCACUUCAUUAGCCUAGGCUUAGGUAGGUAGGUACAUUUAUUGAAAAUUAUUUAAUAUAUAUUGUUUAUCAUUAAAUUUUAGACAAAAGAUGGGCCAUAGUGAAAAAUCCCUUAUGGAAGUUGUGCAGAGAUUUGAAAUAUUGUAUGAAAGAAGGGCUGCCAACUACAAAAAUAAGAGAACUAUGAAAAAAAAUGCUCUAGAAAAAGUGGCGGACGAGUUGAACUACAUGAAGGUAAAAUGCAGGGGAUAGGCAGCCUGGAUGGGAGAUCUUGUGGAACGGGCAUAUAAAAAUGUGCGUACUCGCUUUUCGAGAUGCUGUGUGCAAGCAGUGGGAGGCCCUCCGGUGGCUAGUGCCUUACUACAAGGAACAAGUUGCAGCUGAUAUAUGCUCUUUGGAGGAAGAGGAAGAUAAUAAUCAGGAAGACUACUCCUUUGAUGAGGGUUCUGAGACACAGGCUACUACAAUUCUUAAAGCUAUAGAAAAUUCAUUCGAGGAUACUAAAAUUGAUAACGAUCAAGAUGGGGAGGACUUUAAAACUCCAGUACAAGCACAAGUUUCCCCACAAGAACAUUGAAG